AAUCUAUUGACGUGUCACUCAGUCGGUGGCUGAAAACGGAGAGGAAAAUCUGGCUCUAGCCAUCGUGCACCAUGUCAUUGCCUCGCAGAAAAUGGGGAUAAUUCGGAAAAUAUUCCCUCAUCUCUAAUCCGUUAUGAGAAGCUGAACCAUCCUCUGCACAAUCUCCUUCGAAAGCUUCUCAUCCAUGGCGAAUACACUCAUUUCGUCUCCUUCGUUCCUCGGCACGCCUCUUCCCUCGCUCCAACGCCACCACCGCACCACCACCAGGCUUGUCGCCACCAAGGUCCACGUCAGCCUCCACCAAAUCCCCCCUCUCCACUCCAUAAGCCACUCCAUCGACUUCGUCGGUAUCGCCACCAGAGCUGAAGGCCUUCUUUACACUCUCGCUGACGCUGCGGUUGCGGCGGACCCGGCUGCUCCCGCCACUGAUGCUGCCGUGCAGAAGAACGGAGGCUGGUUCGGCUUCAUCUCCGAAGCCAUGGAGGCUAUUCUCAAGGUGUUGAAGGAUGGCCUUUCUGCUGUGCAUGUGCCUUAUGCAUAUGGAUUUGCUAUCAUAUUACUCACUGUUAUAGUUAAGGCUGCAACACUUCCCUUGACAAAGCAACAGGUUGAAUCUACAUUGGCUAUGCAAAAUCUUCAACCAAAAAUUAAGGCUAUUCAAGAAAGAUAUGCUGGCAAUCAGGAAAGAAUACAGCUUGAGACAUCAAGGCUAUAUCGGCAGGCUGGGGUUAAUCCAUUGGCAGGUUGUUUACCUACUUUGGCCACAAUUCCAGUCUGGAUUGGUCUCUACCAAGCAUUGUCAAAUGUGGCAAACGAGGGACUAUUGACUGAGGGUUUCUUUUGGAUACCCUCUUUGGCUGGUCCUACUACCAUUGCUGCUAGGCAAAGUGGAGCUGGAAUUUCUUGGCUUUUUCCAUUUGUGGAUGGGCAUCCACCUUUGGGUUGGCAAGAUACUGCAGCAUAUCUUGCUUUACCCAUUCUUCUUGUCAUUUCUCAAUUUGUUUCAAUGGAAAUCAUGAAACCACCUGAGACAGAUCCUUCUCAAAAGAAUCAACUUCUUAUUUUAAAGUUUCUUCCACUCAUGAUCGGCUACUUCUCACUAUCUGUCCCAUCAGGAUUAACAAUUUACUGGUUUAUAAACAAUGUCCUGAGCACAGCUCAACAAGUAUGGUUGCGCAAAUUGGGGGGUGCAAAGCCUGUUGUGAAUGAAAAUGCCAGUGGGAUUAUUACUGCAGGACGAGCUAAAAGAUCUGACUUGCAGCCGGCAAAAGGCGGUGAAAGGUUUAAGCAGUUAAAAGAAGAGGAAAAGAAGAAAAAGUUAAGCAAGGCACUGCCAGUGGAAGAUGUUCAGCCUCUGGCAUCUAUUUCUGCUUCUGAUGAUGGCUCGGACAUAGAUAGUGACAGCAAGGAACAGGAAGUUGAAGAAGGAGCCUAUGCUUCUAAAGUUGGUGAAGAGGUUCAAAUUAAUUCUAGGGAAAAAAGAAGCAAGCGUUCGAAGCGGAAGCGUGCUGUAUAAAGGACCGCCGCAUACGGUUGUUUGUAGUUAUAUUUGCAGCUGUGGGGUUCUGAGCUUGAAAUGAACUGAGUACAGAAGUAUAAAAUGACGUGAGAUAGAAUUACUCUCAAUUACCAUUGCUAAGUCAUUUCUCAUCAGUUUGUGAAUGACAAAAUAGACGAACAACGAACAUACGGAAGAAAAUAGUUUCACAGCUAUAUGCAAAAGAAUGUGCAAAUGCAAUACCUGACUGCAUAGCCUGAACAUCGGCAGUGAAGUGAUUGAGUGCAGAAGCUGGGAGCAGAAGCCAUGCAAAGAGAAGCUGGAUGAAGAAUUGUCUUCUCAUCAGUGGCAUACUUGGAGUGAAUAAGAGUGCUGCAGUCUUAAUGAGAAUGUCACGAGCAUUUUGCUGCUUUUUAUAUGCUAUAUUUUUUGGUAUCAUAUAAUCAUGACGAAACUUGAAAUUUGAUGUGAGAAUGUUUGUAAAAAGAUGCCCUGGAAUCCUAUGCCAUUACGCACUGACUAUAAAAGAUCGAGGAUCUGUUUUUAUCCUCA